UUUGAAGAUGAAAAGAAUCAUGACAAAAACGAAUUAUCAUUUCUUGACAUUAUUAUUGGACGUAUUCCCAAUUCAUUAUACAAUACUAUAUCAUCACAAACACAAAAUAAAAGAGAAGUAUUCAAAAUUUUUGAAGAGACAAUG